AUGAAGGUUCUUGAGACUACAGCCGUGGCUUUGGCUUGCCUUUCGGGGCAGGUCUUGGGCAGAGCUUCUUCUUAUCGCGGUGGUGCUAUGCGUUUGUUUGAGAACACUGGUGUGGAGCAGGGAGCUUUGCAGAAUAUCGUAACAUGGGAUUCUCAAUCAUUUUUCAUCAAUGGAGAAGGACUGAUGGUAUUCUCUGGUGAAUUCCAUCCAUUCCGCCUCCCAGUAGCAUCCCUCUACAUCGAUGUCUUCCACAAAAUCAAAGCCCUAGGCUUCAACACCGUCUCAUUCUACGUCGACUGGGCCCUAUUGGAAGGUAAACCGGGCACUUAUCGUGCAGAGGGCAUUUUUGACUUGCAGGCUUUCUUUGAUGCCGCAAAAGCAUCUGGAAUCUAUUUACUCGCUCGUCCCGGUCCGUAUAUCAAUGCUGAAGUGUCUGGUGGAGGGUUCCCAGGUUGGUUGCAAAGAGUAACUGGGACGUUGCGGACUCGGGAUUGGGAGUAUUGGGAUGCCACUAGGAAUUAUGCAAGCCACGUCGGCGCAAUAAUCGCCGCGAACCAAAUCACCAACGGCGGUCCCAUUAUUCUCUAUCAGCCGGAGAAUGAGUACUCAAAAUUCACUGGUCGUUACUCUAAUGACCCGCGUUAUAUGCAGGAUAUUAUGGACACUGCUCGUGAUGCUGGUAUUACUGUACCAUUUAUUAAUAAUGAUGCAGACGCGUAUGGAUAUAAUGUGCCUGGGUCUGGUGUUGGGGCUGUUGAUAUCUAUGGUUUCGAUUCGUAUCCACUAGGAUUUCAUUGCGGCGACCCGCAUAGCUGGCCAUUCCGUGGUCUACCGACGGAUUUCAACCGUCAUCAUCAGCAGCAGAGUCCUUCUACUCCAUUCUCGCUUGUUGAGUUUCAAGCUGGUUCUUUCGAUCCAUGGCAUGGUAGCGGAUUCGAGAAUUGCGCCGCUCUGACCGGAGUGGAAUUUCAAAGAGUCUUCUAUAAGAACAACAUUGCUGCCGGUGUUAGGCUUAUGAACUUGUAUAUGAUAUUCGGUGGCACCAACUGGGGCAACUUGGGUUACCCAGAAGGCUAUACAUCCUACGACUACGGUGCCGUGAUCUCGGAGUCUCGAAGCGUCGAUCGCGAGAAAUACAGUGACCUUAAACUGCUCGGAAACUUUUUUAAAGUCUCACCUUCUUACCUUGAUGCUGUGCCCUGGAGCGGUUCCAACAACGCGUACAUUACGUCUCAAGCGGAACUGGUUCUUAGACCCUUGCUUGGCCGAAGCACUAAUUCUUCAUUCUGGGUGAUGCGUCACGCGGAUUAUACCUAUUUAGGCUCCAGCAUCUAUACGCUCAAUGUGCCGACUAGUGCCGGUUCUCUGGUUUUGCCUCAACUGGGCUGCUGCUUGACACUAAAUGGUCGUGAUUCUAAGAUUCAUGUUACGGAUUAUGAUGUUGCAGGAACCAAUAUUUUGUAUUCGACUGCGGAAGUGUUCACAUGGAAGAACUUUUCCGAUUACAAGGUUCUUAUUGUAUAUGGUGGACCAGGAGAACAUCAUGAGUUGGCAGUUUCUGUGUCUUCGAAUGCACAUAUUUCGAUUGUUGAUGGUCCCAAGUCUGAUGUCAAAACCAAGAUACAGAAUGGCCAAGCGAUUAUUGCCUGGGACGUAUCUUCCUCCCGCAAAAUUGUGAAGGUGGAAAAUCUAUUCAUCUUUUUGCUCAAUCGCAAGUCGGCCUAUAAGUACUGGGUGCCCCAGGUCGGUACAUCGGGUAGUGUUAUCGGAUUCACCACCAAAGAGACAGUUGCAAACUCCAUCAUCGUAAAUGGUGGUUAUCUCGUGCGAUCGGCAUGGCUUCAAGGAAACCAAUUUCACCUAUCCGCCGACUUCGAUGCUACCACUACCCUUGAAGUCAUUGGCGUUCCUGCGAAUGCGACUAGCUUGUAUAUCAACGGUGUGCAAUACAACCAUACCAAAACUUCCAACGGAUUCUGGAUUGCGAAAGUUGAAUAUAAGACUCCCAAAAUCGUUCUACCAGAUUUCACAAAAUUGACGUGGAGAUACGUCGACUCACUGCCCGAAAUUCGGUCAACGUACGAUGACAGUGCAUGGGUUAAGGCUAACUAUCCCCAGACUAACAAUACUUCCACGCCGCUUAAGACUCCUGUAUCGCUAUUCGCCUCGGAUUAUGGUUUUCAUACGGGUACUCUGAUCUACCGCGGCCACUUUGUUGCCGUUCUCCAUGAGGUAUAUUUCGCUGUUACCACUAUCGGUGGCAACGGCUUUGGAAGCAGUGUAUGGCUAAAUGAUACAUUCCUGGGGUCAUGGAAAGGCAGUGCAAACAAUGCUUCUGCAAGUUCCAUCUACGCAUUUCCGGUUAUGGAACUCGGAUCCAGCUAUACUCUCACGGUACUUAUUGCCAAUACCGGCCUAGACGAGAACUGGGUAGUUGGCACGGAUUCAAUGAAGACUCCAAGGGGUAUUCUUGAUUAUGAAUUGUAUAAUCACAAUCAGAGUGAUAUUUCCUGGAAGAUUACUGGCAAUCUAGGUGGUGAGGACUAUGCAGACCUGACUCGUGGACCUCUGAACGAAGGUGGACUCUAUGCCGAACGUCAGGGCUGGCAUCAACCGUCCCCACCAAGCAGCGACUGGGAAAUAUCAAGUCCCUUGGACGGUCUCAAACAGGCUGGAGUAGGUUUCUACUCGACUUCUUUCACUCUUAAUCUUCCGGAAGGAUAUGACAUUCCCCUCUUCUUCACGUUUAGUGCCAAGGGUUCGUGCAGAGUCCAGCUUUAUGUCAACGGAUAUCAGUAUGGAGUAUAUGUUCCGCAACUUGGUCCUCAGACAAAGUUCCCCGUUCCACAAGGUAUCUUGAACUAUCAAGGCGAGAACUGGAUUGCGAUCACUCUUUGGGCGCAGGAUAGAAGUGGUGCGAAACUGGAGAGCUUUGAACUUACCUACACCACACCGGUGCUGACUGCAUUGACAGGACUUACGUCCUCGCCUCAGCCUGUAUAUAGUAAGAGACCGGGUGCAUAUUAG